AUGUCGACGGACCCCAAGAUUCAGGAGCUUCUUAGCAAGUCGCGCAAUGAACUCACUGAGUACGAGAUUGCCCAGCUAGAAGAACACGAGUUCUCUGCCGGCCCUCUAUCUAUCCUUCAGACCGCCGUUCGAUCGCACGUGCAAGUGCUCAUCUCCAUCCGCAACAACCGCAAGCUCCUUGCGCGUGUCAAAGCCUUCGAUCGCCAUUGCAAUAUGGUGCUGGAGAAUGUGAAGGAGAUGUGGACAGAGACCCCUCGGUUAGCAAACGGGAAGAAGGGUCGCCCGGUGAACAAGGAUAGAUUCAUCAGCAAGAUGUUCCUACGAGGCGAUAGCGUCAUUUUGGUUCUUCUCAGCUAA